AUGCGUUUCAGGGCGAGCAUCGUCAAUGUCAACACAUUCACAAAGCUGACCGCUUCGCUGGAAUCUUUGGGUCAUAUUGCAUGGGUCCGACUCGAUGAGAAAGAUGUCCGCUUCACAGUCAUACCGGAAAAUGGCACACAAGUCUGGGCUGUGGUCGCGAUUGACAACAUCUUCGAUACAUAUACCAUCCAAUCGGCAGCAGAGAACAACACAAUAAACCUGGAAGUCCCUCUCGCUCCUCUUCAAAGAGCUCUGAAGAGCGCCCACAAUGCCAUAUCUGCAAGUCUUCGUCUCACCAAAAAGGAUGCUCAGCCAUUACUCUGCCUCACCAUCACCACACAGACGAUGAAUGGCAACACAACAACCAGUGGCUUCUCCGCAGAGAGCAACGGAUUCAACAGCACCCAUGAGAUUCGUGACGACUUUGAGGCAAGGCCAGAGCGAGAGACACUCGUCACACACGACUUUCCCGUCCGUGUCUUGGCCCCCGCCUCUGUUGAAGGGCUUCACGAACCUGUUUGUCGCGACCCCGAUGUACACGUCACACUCCCCAACUUGCUUCAACUCAAAGGCAUCAGCGAUCGUUUCACCAAGCUCGCCACAGCAAAGUCUGCGGGACAACGACAUGGCCUCAACAGUGCAGCAUCUGGGCCAAAACUCGRGCUUAGUGGGAAUAUGCACGGCUGCCUUCGUCUGACCUUGCAUACCGACGCCAUGAGGAUUAGCAGUCUAUGGACUGGGUUGGAAAACCCCGAGCUGGACCCAUCCCAAAUCCCGGACGGCGAAGAAGGAGUCGCCAAUCAUCCCAGCACGAGAAUGAAAGCUCUCGGCGAUGCCUCUGGACAAAGUGAGGAAGGGUGGGCCACUGUGCGGGUAGAAGGUAGAGACUGGGGUCGCGUGCUGAGUGUGGGCAGGCUAGGCGGAAAAGUGGUCGCGUGCUUCUGCCACGAACAUGCGCUAGUCAUGUAUGUCUACUUGAAUGGUGACGAGCCGGGGAUGAGCGAGUCGGUGUUGACGUACUACAUUUCUUCGUACGCCACGUAA